AUGGCGUCUGUAGCUGCAAAAACAUCUUGCGCUACAUGUGGUAAAGGAGCUGGACUAUUUAAAUGUGAAGGAUGUACACAGACAUUUUGUACAAACCAUGUUACUGAACAUCGGCAAACACUACAUCAUCAAGUUGAUGAAAUUAUUAUUGAUUAUGAUAAUCUUCACAAAAAAAUCAUUGAAACUAAAGAUCAAAGUAAUUCUUUGAUAAAAUAUGUUGAUGAAUGGGAACAAAAAUCUAUUGUGAAGAUUCAACACAUGGCUGAAGAAACUCGUCAAAAAAUUGUAGAACUUUCAGAUAUACAUAAGAGAACUGUAUCACAAGAACUAAAUCUUCUUACUGAACGAAUCAAAAAGGCACGUGUAGAAGAUGAUUUUUUUGAAACAGAUCUUAUCGAUUGGAUAUCAACUUUGAACAAACUGACAGACAAGCUAAUGAACGUUUCAUUAUCGAACAGUAUUAAAGAAGAUCAAUCAGCACCAUUAAUAUACCAGCUUAAAUUGGUUACAACAUCUUCGACAUUUGAUGAUAAAGAUAUGUUUCAAUACCAUGAGACCGAGCCACAGAUUGCAACUUCUGGAGAUAUCUUUGAACAUUGUAGUAGUGGUGCUAAUAUUGAAGAUCAUGGUCAACUUGUCGAACACAGUGAUUCGGAUUAUACUGUCGAAGUUCGUGGAAAAAUUGGCUAUUCAUCCGGUACACAUCGACUUCGUUUUCAAAUUGAGAAAAAUCCGCGAGGAACAUGGAUUUUCUUUGGUAUUAUUUCUAAAUCACAGCCAAUGCAAAAGUAUUCAUAUGAAUCGUCCUCUGCAUAUGGAUGGGUAGAUUAUAAUGACUAUUUUCUUAAUGGUGUUCGUCAAAAUCAUGAAACUGGCAUCCUAUUUCAUCAUACAAUUGAAAACGAUAUAAUCGCACUUGUAUUUGAUUGUACUAAUCGGAAGAUAUAUUAUACCAAUGUGCGAAGUCAGAAAAGUCAACAAUUAAAUAUUGAUAUUAACAAAUGUCCUUUUCCUUGGCAACUUCAUAUCAAUAUUUAUGGAAGACGUGAUUGUGUACGCUUACUUAGUGCCAUAAGUGAUAUUUCACUGCCUUCGUAG